AUGGCCUCAGCCGGCGGACUGACACGCCGACGAGGCGGUCGAGUCGGAGAAGACAACGAGGGAAGCAGUCGAGUGUCAUCACCCGUACCCAACAACAGAACAGCUCUCGAUGCCCGUACCCCAGAGACGUCCUAUACCGACAGCGAGAAUGGCCACAAAAUCGCAUUCGAUCCACGAGACAUUAGCGAAAAUGAGGAGCGGACAAAGAUGCCCAAGUUGACUUUGAUGGAUGAGGUAGUGCUGUUGGGACUUAAAGAUAAACAGGGCCAUCUAUCGUUUUGGAACGAGAAUAUUUCCUACGCUCUACGCGGUUGCAUCGUUAUCGAACUCGCUUUCCGCGGCCGAAUAAGCAUGCAAAAAGACCCUGCUCGCAGGAGAUUCCCUCUUGCAGACCGAGUAAUUGAGGUGAUUGACGACACACUCACUGGCGAGGUCUUGCUGGACGAGGCACUCAAGAUGAUGAAAUCGAGUGAGAAGAUGAGCGUGAGCACCUGGAUUGAUCUUAUGAGCGGUGAAACUUGGAACCUGAUGAAAAUCGGCUACCAAUUGAAACAAGUCCGCGAACGAAUCAUGAAAGGCCUCGUGGACAAAGGUGUCCUUCGCACCGAAAAGCGCAACUUCCUCCUUUUCGAUAUGGCUACCCAUCCCGUCGCCGACUCCGGCGCAAAAGAUGAACUUUAUAAACGCGUUCGCAAUGUUUGCAGCAGUCGCACUAUUAUCCUCUCGCCCAACCAGUGGCUCCCUGAAGAUGUUGAAUUCCGUUUCCUACGAACUAUAAGCAUGGUGUGCGCCGCGUAUGCGGCUAAUGUGCUCGAGAACGCAUUGGUUACUAUGAGCCACGAAGCUAGGGAAAGAGCUUUUGCUCAAGUUGAUGAGCUGCUUGCUGAAUACUCGCAAUGGCCUUUUGCUCGCAAGUCCGGCGGCGCUGGUCUGGGUAUCGGCGCGAACCUGGCACAGGCAAUCAAUGAUGAGGUUAAUAAAGCUAAAGACCGAGAGUUGCAGCUAGAGAUUGUUGCUGCAUGCUUAAGCGUGUUUACACGACUCGACUCCCUCCUGUAA